AAGCCCUGCAGCCACAAUCACCUGGGUCACAAACAGUCACAAUGUGGCCCUGCUUUGGCAUACACGCUCUUCUGGUGGUGRCUGUAACCCUGAGCCCUGUGACAGCCGCAGUGUGGAGUGGAAACGAUGUCACUGGAGAAGAUKACUAUCCCCCUCUGUGGGACCUGGCUGUUGAAAAGCUCCAGGAUUUCCCAGUGAAGGACGGCAAAAUUGUCAUCAAUGCUUGGAGCUAUCGGGAGCGACUGGGAGUGUACAAGAGUUUGCUGAAUGCUUCAGCCAAAUAUUUUGGUGCCUUUGGACCCCAAAACAGUGGCAAUAUUCUCUGGGGAUUGCCAUUGCAACAUGGGUGGCAAUUUCGUACAGGCAGGUUAGCRGAUCCUUCUGGUGUGACUUCCUGUGGCUAUGAAAAUGGAGAAUACCUGUGCCAAUCUGUGAGAAGCUGGUGGUCCUGUAUGAAUUACUACCUGUCUAUCAUACCCUUUCUGGGGGCARUGGAGGCUGGCAUCUUUGGGCAGCUGCCCUAUGAGAUAGAAAUAUUGCCACCAGAGGAGCAAAAGGAUGAUUUCUGUUACAGUGUUAAAGACUGCUGGUCCCGSAUGCCCAAGCUCAUGGAUGACUGGAAGGCCUUUUUUGAAUAUCUGUUAUCUACAGAACACAACUCUGUGAGCUCUGCAACCUUCUCCUCCUUCAAACUGGAUGACGCCCUCGCAUUCAUGUGGAAGGCACACACCACCUCCAUUGCUUAUGCACUCCCCAAAUUCCAGGACAGCUUAAAAYAUCUCUCUGGUCCAGAAGCAACUUUUGGCGAUGACUGGGCUAAUGGUGUAGAUUUCAUUGCUGCCACACACUUCUGUACAGAUUUACCGACCACAAACAACUUCCAGGCUUUCCUGCCCCCGAGGAUGCUUACUGAACGGGAUGUCAUCCCAUUCAUUAGUGACUUCAGUCCACAGCAAAAUAAGGUCCUGGUGUCKCUGAGAGCUCUUCACAAAGCAAAUAAAUCAACAGGAGGAUUGGUGCUGAAGCUCUGGCGAAAGGCUAUGUCCACCGAAGCAGGAAGAAAAAUAGGCCGAAAACUGAUUGAAAGCUUGACUUCGAGCUUCCUAGCAGGAAUUCACAAUUAUUUGGAAGGAGAUGAUUUGAARGUUCCCAGUUUCUUGAGGAAGAGCAGUUCCCUCAUGGAUUGAUUUCAUCUUUUAGCAGACAUAUGCCUGGUAAUCUGGYUUUGGUAAUUUCUUACAGUAGGAUUUGCUGAGUAGCCAUGUGUGCAUCUCUCUCAUAUGGAAUCAAUAUUUUUAUCCUUAAUUUUCCUAAUUAUCUCAUUUGUUUAACUAAAUUCCUUAUAAAUGAAAAGCCUCACAGAAAGAUCUUACUAUACUACUUUUUUUACUACUCUAUAAAUAAUGUAUCAUUAUUCAUUGAUUUAAUUGAUUAUGAAUAUGGAGACAAAAUUAAACAUGAG